AGAGCGUAUGAACAUGAAGAGCAAUUUGGGGUCGAUCACGAGCUCCGAUCUUAUCGAUGCAAAGCUUGAGGAGCAUCAGAAGUGCGGAUCAAAGCAGUGCCCGGGUUGCGGGCACAAACUGGAACGGAGUGUGCAGGAUUGGUUAGGUCUACCAGCAGGAGUGAAAUUUGACCCAACAGACCAAGAACUGAUAGAACAUCUUGAAGCUAAAGUGGAAGCCAAAAAUGACAUCAAAUCUCACCCUUUGAUUGAUGAAUUCAUUCCUACACUUGAUGGUGAAGAUGGGAUUUGCUAUACUCACCCUGAAAAGCUUCCUGGAGUGACAAGAGAUGGGUUGAGCAGGCAUUUCUUCCACAGGCCGUCAAAAGCUUACACGACAGGAACAAGAAAGCGACGAAAAAUCCAAACGGAAUGCGACAUCCAAGGCGGCGGCGGCGGCGGAGGGGAAACACGGUGGCACAAGACCGGAAAAACACGACCGGUUAUGGUCAACGGCCGUCAAAAGGGCUGCAAAAAAAUCCUUGUUCUUUACACAAACUUCGGCAAAAAUCGAAAGCCUGAAAAAACUAAUUGGGUUAUGCACCAAUACCAUUUGGGCCAACACGAGGAGGAGAGAGAAGGAGAGCUUGUCGUUUCUAAGAUUUUUUACCAGACACAGCCACGUCAGUGCAACUGGUCCUCCUCCGACAAGGCCGCCGCCGCCGCCGCCGAGGUUACCGGCGACAAUGUUGUUCUUAGUAAAAGGGAGAAUGUGAGCGGGAGUUAUUCAUCUUCUCGGCAAAUGGCAACCCGCCAAAGAGACGAUAUAUCCCCAGUUGGCGGCGGCCUUUGUCCUCCGCCACAUUUCGCCGCCACUUACGGCGGAUUGGAUCAUAUUCAACCAUUCAAAGCCGACCAUUUUAGCUUUGGUCCCUACAGAAGAACCUUUGAUGAGACAGGGAUUGGAGAAGCUGCCCCCGGCGAGGGGAUCGGAGAUCAUCGCCACCACCAUUGUCACCAUAUUUCCGUGGCGACUACUGCAUUUCAAAUAACCCGUCCUUCAAAUCCAAUCUCCACGAUCAUCUACCCGUCUUCUCUCCACCAUUCCUCGAUCAUUCUCGACCAUGACUCGUAUCAAGUCUCACAAAACGAAAGCUUUCAGCAACAACAACAACAUCAUGAUAAGCUUGGAGGAAGGUCUGCUUCUGGUUUGGAAGAACUCAUAAUGGGCUGCUCUUCAUCUAACAUCAAAGAAGAGUCAACCAUGGGAAACAACUCUGAAGAAGCAGCAGAAUGGAUGAAGUUCUCUCCUUUCUGGCCUGAACCUGACAACCCAAAUCAUGAUUGAUAGAACCAAACCAGAAAACCAGACCAAAGCUUGUUCCUUAAACAGACAACAUUAUUAUCCUCAUCAUUAAAACAUCCUUAAGCUUCGAACC